GCAUGAGCUUGGGUCAAUUGUCAUAUACACCAGUGACGGAUGUUGGAAUUGGAGCAAUUGAGUUGUAUUUUCCCCAGAACUUUGUCGAUCAAAAUGAUUUAGAAAAGUUUAACAAUGUAUCCAGCGGAAAAUACACAAUUGGACUGGGGCAACAGCAAAUGGGAUUCUGCUCGGACAACGAGGACAUCGUAUCCAUCUCCCUUACAGUCACAAGGAAACUUAUUGAAACUUACAAAAUCUCGACUGAUUCGAUUGGCUGUUUGGUUGUAGGUACCGAAACAAUGAUCGACAAGAGCAAAAGUGUGAAGACAGCUUUAAUGGACUUAUUUCCUGGAAAUUCGGAUAUUGAAGGAGUCGACAUCAAAAAUGCCUGCUUUGGAGGCGCACAAGCACUGCUGCACGCUAUCGAUUGGGUCACAGUGAAUCAUCCGCUUGAUAAGAAAAACGCAAUUGUAGUAGUCGCGGAUAUUGCAAUAUAUGAAGAAGGUCCAGCGAGAUGUACAGGCGGUGCAGGAGCGAUUGCUUUUCUUAUUUGUCCAGAUGCUUCUAUUCCGAUUGAUCGGCAGUUUUCAGCGUGUCACAUGAAAAACACGUGGGAUUUCUUUAAGCCAAUUACGCCGAUUCCGAGUGAAUACCCCGUUGUCGAUGGAUCAUUAUCAUUGAGCUCAUAUUUGGAAGCAGUCAGAAUGACAUACACAUAUUUCAUAUCAAAAGUUAAUCGCCAUACAACGGGUAUCGACGGGCUGAACUCAUUUGACGGAGUGUUUCUUCACUCACCGUUCACGAAAAUGGUUCAAAAAGGCCUGGCUGUGAUGAACUAUACUGACUCGCAACUUCGUCACAAGCAAUUAAAUGGAAAUGGUGUCGAUCAUAAACUCGAUGAAAACGAUCGCGCUGGACUUGCAAAAAUGAUCGAAUUGUCUGCUCAAGUUUGGAAGGAAAAAACAGAUCCAUAUCUUGUUUUCAACAGGCGAAUCGGAAAUAUGUAUACUCCAUCACUCUUUGCUCAACUUUUAGCAUACUUGGCAGCAGAUGAUUGCGUCACCGGGGAGAAAAGCAUUUUAUUCUUCGCCUAUGGAAGUGGUCUAGCGUCAGCAAUUUUCCCAGGAAGAGUUAGGCAGACAUCUAAUCUUGAUAAAAUUCGUCAAGUCGCAAUAAGGGCGAUUAAAAGGCUCGAUGACCGAAUUCAGUUUACUCCAGAAGAGUUUACAGAAACAUUACAAAAAAGAGAAGUUUUCCUACGAUCAAAAGAGAUUCCAAAAUCUCCAUCCGAAACUUCAUUGUUUCCCAACACUUAUUUCCUUGAUAACAUGGACAAGCUUUAUCGCCGAUCAUAUACUUUACACGAGGAACCAAACGGUGUUCAAAACGGGAACGGAAUUCAUCAUUAAAAAUGUAUCUUUUGUUUUUUUUUUUUUAGUUUUUAAUUUUAUCACAUCGUUUGCCAUAGUCUACUUCUUUGUUACUGUUUUUUAUUCGCUCAUUAGAGUUGUAUUUUCUUUUCUUUUUUUUAAAUUAAAACGAGUUGUUUUU